AUGGACCCGAGCUUAGAGGACUUUAAGAGGCGGAAAGAUCCUAUUAGAUCUCCAAAAGGAGGUCAGCAAACUCCUCGGCCAGCUCCGACCAAGUUCUUCCUGCCUCUGAACAUCGCCUUCUACGUCUGCUUUGCCUCACACCUUGUGGCAGCGCUGUAUGCACCAAUCCAGGACUGUGACGAGACCUUCAACUACUGGGAACCCUUGCACUACCUAAAUCAUGGCUACGGCCUGCAGACAUGGGAGUACUCUCCAGAAUUCAGCAUUCGGAGCUGGGCAUAUAUCGGCCUACACGCCCUCCCCGCAAAGCUCGCCGGCGUCUUUGGCGGGUCAAAGAUGUUCGAGUUCUAUUCCCUCCGCGUCAUGCUGGCAUUUGUCUGCGCGGCAACUGAAGUCCGUCUUUACUCGGCCAUAUCUCGGACCAUCAGUCCGAGGGUCGGGGUGACUUACCUUAUGAUUGUUACCUUCAGUCCCGGAUUCUUCUACGCCUCUGCUGCAUUUUUGCCAUCUAGCUUUGCCAUGUACACAUCCGCCUUAGGUCUGACCUCUUUUAUGGACUGGCAUGGAGGAUCUAAAACUGCCGCCGGCAUCAUGUGGUUUGGAAUCGGCGCUCUGCUCGGAUGGCCAUUCUCGGGAGCCCUGAUUGUUCCUUUCGUUGUCGAAGAAUGGCUCAUGGCGGUAGUGGGACGAACAGAUCUCUUCGAGACGUUCCGACGUUAUCUAGACGGUGGUGCAAGGUGCUUGGUGGUUCUGGCCCUUCAAAUCAGCAUCGACACAUUCUUUUACCACAAGAUCGUGGUGGUGCCUUGGCGUAUCGUUGCCUACAAUAUCUUUGGCGGCAAGGAUCGCGGUCCUGACAUAUUCGGAACGGAACCAUGGGACUACUACCUAAGGAAUCUGCUGCUCAACUUCAAUAUGUGGUUUAUCCUUGCUGCGAUUUCAGGGCCACUUGUCCUGUUCCAGUCCAUCAUCCUGAACCAAUACCCUACGAAACAAACGCUGCUCAGGACGCUGACCUUUCUCUCCCCGUUCUAUGUGUGGCUGGUCAUUUUCACCAUUCAACCCCAUAAGGAGGAAAGAUUCAUGUUUCCUGCGUACCCGUUCCUCGCUUUGAAUGCCGCCAUAGCAUUCCACUCCCUUUUGGCGUGGAUCGGAUCGACGAACUCGUUCAUCUUUGGCAAAAUCCCAGCAAAACUGAAACUAGCAGUCAUCUUACCGAUUGUCCUUCUGGGCAUUAAUACCGGGCUGUUGCGUAUCGUGGGGACGCUGACCGCAUAUCGGGCUCCAUUGCAGAUAUACGACAGUCUCAAAGCAUCGAACCUGACCCAGGAAGACAACACAGUCUGCUUCGGCAAGGAUUGGUAUCGCUUUCCGACUUCGCAUUUUCUGCCUAACAAUACCCAUGCAAAGUUUGUCAAAAGUGAAUUCGACGGGCUGCUACCUGGAGAGUUUCACGAGGGCAAGACUGGGUUUGGUUUCUUCCCGGGAACCUGGUUGGUGCCGCCUGGUAUGAAUGAUCGAAAUGAGGAAGAUCCUGCAAAGUGUAUCGAUGUCCAGUACUGCACGUUCUUGGUCGAUUCGUACAUGCCGGGAAUGGAAGCCACCGAGCACGAGCCACUAUAUGUUCUGGACGAGGAUCGUUGGGAAAAGAUCUCAUGCGCACCAUUUUUGGAUGCGUCGAGGACCGGGACUCUUGCUAGGACGAUUUGGAUUCCCGAAUCACCGGUCAUACCACCCCGGUAUCGUCGACAUUGGGGUGAACACUGCCUGCUGCGGCGAAGAGAGACAGUCGCGCUCGAAUACUUGCCUGCGACAUCCCAGUUCCGGCAGAUCCACGGCCAAGUCCGCGAACCUGGAAAUCAUGAGGUCGCGGUGGCUUGCCGCACCCCAAACGCUGUCCCUGGGGACAAAGUGCGCCAUGCCGAAAGAGGCAUAUUUGUCCAGUGUCGACGAUGCGAAGUGAUUGGACAGCACCAACCACAGGUCUUGAAAUCAGUGGUUAAUGAUAAGAAUCCAACUGGACGGCAGAUACCCAUGCGAUAUCAGCACCCGUACAUCUGGAGGUUCUGGCGUUGUCUGGGGGGCUGGUCAGGAAUAGCUUCUGGCCUCUCGGCGGAUCAGCACGUCGAAUCCAGAUAUCGAUUCCAUUUCCAAAAGCUCAUAUACCUGCCGGAGCAUUUGGAUUUUGUUCUGAGGGUUUGGAGUCUUCCCUUUCGCUUCCUUGAAUCUACAGCGCCAGCCCUCGUUCCGCAAACCACCGCCAUGGAUUCGGAAACACUCAGACACAAGAUCUCCGACCUCAUCGCUAGGUCACAGCCGUACAUUGAGCAAGCGAAUGCCCAUGUCCAGCCCUACGUGGAACAAGCCAACGACCAUUUUCAGAAAUCCAAACACCAUUGCUCUUCGAUCUUGAAAUCGGCUCAGUCAGAGUUGCACACUUUGUCACAAAAGCCCCAUUUCCAAGAAGUCCUCUAUGGCCUGACCUUGUUCGUGUUCCUCGCCUUUGCAAUCAGCCGUUUCGUCUCUUCCCGCCGCUCUCGGUACCCUACAUCUCGCCCAUCAACCCCACCGACACCACUCCUCGAAAAGGCCACUCAUACCAAGGGGCCCAAUGCCGCCCAGGCCCGGAAACCAGGGACGUGGAUUCCGUCCGACUUUCAACGGCCCAAACCGCGAGCAUACGAAAACUGGUCCAUCGAGCACACAAAACCUCUGCCUUACCGCCCGUUUCGCUACGGACCCAAGUACUUCGUGACCAUGGGUCUCCGUAACGUGAAAUGGGACAACUGGAUCGAGCUGGACAACCACUUCCCGCGCUUCCAUGCGGACAAGGCGCGCCGAAUCAAGGAACGCGGGCACAAGUGCUGCAGGACGGCGCCCGAGGCGUACCCCGCGGCGCUGGAACUCCUGGAGGAAUUCCGCUCGUACCUGCCGGACCGCUACCCGACGCUGUACCAGCGGACGGAGAAGGGGAUCAAGAACCUGUGGUCGGGCGAGGAACUGGACACGACGUCGCGGCCGCUGCCGGAGGACCCGAUGCAGACGGCGGCACGCAUGGUGCAGGACGACCUGGCGAUCAUGCUCGAGGGCGAGGACGGGCAGUACUACCUGCUCGCGGGGGCGGUGCUACUAGCAGGCUUCUGGCGGCUGGAGGACAAGUACCGGAUGCCGCUGUCGGAGAUCCACACGAGCGGGGACGUGCCGCAGUUCAAGGAGAAGCUGGAGAAGGGGAUGAUGAACUUCUUCCGGCGACUCAAGCCCGAGGAGCUGGUCGCGCGCAACAACUACUUCCUGCAGGUCGACGACGACCUGGCCUGGUCGUACUCGAUCGGCAGCGAGGACAGCCCCUCGAUCAGCUGGAACACGGCCGAGAAGAACCGCGCCGUCGAGCACCACUACUUCCGCUCCGAGCGGCAGACCCUGCGCCGCCUCCCGCGCUCCGGUGGCGUCGUCUUCACCAUCCGCACCUACUUCCACCCGAUCACUGAGAUCGCCGAGGAGGACUACGUGCCCGGUCGCCUGGCCAGCGCCGUCCGCAGCUGGGGCGACGACGUCUCCCGCUACAAGGGCAAGGAAAAGUACGAGGCCGUCCUGCUCGAGUUCCUCGACAGGAAGCACCAGGAGCAGUUGGACCGGGGGCUCAAGCUGGACGAGGAGGACGAGAGGAGGAGUUAUCCUUGGUGA